AUGUUGUGGAAUCGAUGUGCUCAACGAUCUUUGAGUGCUGCGGCCCGCGUGGGCCUGCACAGGCCGAUGAGAGCUCAUCGAACGGUCCCCUGUGUCGCUGCAAGGUACUUCUCGCGGACACCCGGGCUGUCUGCGACGAAUCCGUUGGAGCAAGAUAGCGGAGACGAUGACCGAGGUCGAGGUCAAGACUCUGAUCCCAACUUCAAAUCCACCAUCCUAAGGAUGCUGGAGACGGCGGCCACCACGUUCGCUUCCAUUGCCGUGCUAGGCAUAGCGGGAUACUCCUACCAUCAGUAUUACAAGUAUCUGAUCUUGCAGAAGAUGGACAACGCUUUCAGUCCUGGCGAUCCGGCACUCGAGGUCGCAGGCGUGGAAUAUGGAAAGCAUCAGUAUCAUCACGACGAGCACUGGAUUGUCCGCGAUGAGCAGGAGAGACUCGACAAGAUCAUCCAGGGAAAAUCCGGUGGGCACUACUACCUCAUCAUCGGCGAGAAGGGUACCGGGAAGACCUCGAUGCUCCUUGAGGCGAUGCGAAAGACCAAUGGAGACGGCGUCGCCAUGUUUGAAGCGCACGGUGAUCUCGAGAUCUUCCGCAUCAGGCUCGGGAAGGCCCUGGACUUUGAGUUUCAUGAAGAUUACAUCGGAAGUCUGUUCAGCAUCAGAGGCCCGCGAGACACCACUGCCCUGCUUGACAUUGAGCGAGCGUUCAACAAGCUCGAGAAGGUGGCGCUUGCGCGAAGGCAUAAGGGAGCAGCCCCUCUGGUCUUGGUAGUGAAUAGCACCCAUCUGGUUCGAGAUGAUCAUGAUGGCCAGGAUCUGUUGGAAAUGAUUCAACAGAGGGCUGAGCAAUGGGCAGCCAGCAGCUUGGUAACCACAGUGUUCAACAGCGAUGACUAUUGGGUAUAUGAACGAUUGAAGCGAUAUGCGACGAGAAUGGAAGUCAUCCCGGUCGGCGAUCUUCCAAAAGAUCAGGCAAUGGCGGCGCUCAAGAGAUACCGUAAGCAGUACUUUGACGAGGACCUAUCGGAUAAAGCCCUUGAGACCAUCUACGAUAAAGUCGGCGGGCGGUUGUCGUUUUUGAACCGCGUCGCCAAGGCUAAGGAUUACAUGAAACUCUGUGACAGCAUUUGCGAAUCGGAAAAGACAUGGUUUCUCAACAAGUGCUGGAUCCUCGGUGAAGAGAUGGACGACGAUGUAAUGGAUCAGCAGAAAUAUGCGUCCGCAGCAAUGGUGCUAGCCAAAGCACUUGUGGACAAAGAAAAGGAGAUGGAAAAGACUUAUGACCCGGAGAAGGGUCAUAUACUCCCAGAAGUCCCGCUCCAUGUGGCUCGCGAGAUCAUGACCAGAGCCGACUUCAUCCAGAGCUACGAUCAUGAGAACAUCUUUACCAUCGACUCGCGCGCUAUGGUCCGAGCUGAUUCUGUCCCUAUGCAGAAUGCAUUCCGGGAAAUUUGCUCAUGGCCAGGCUUCGAGGGCCAUCUGGAAGCGACCCUCAAACGGAUUGGAGACAUUGAAAGCUUGGGACGUACCCGCGAACUUACCAUCAAGGAUCUGUGGGACAAGGGCAAAUACCAGAUUACUAUGCGAGAUCCCAAGGGCCGCGAAAGUGGUACUGUUGAGUUCUCAGUCAUGGAACGAGAGGAUGAGGAUGAUGAUUGA